CUGAGGGUAAAAUCGAAAGUCUGUGUGAAAGUUACGUACUGGAUAAGUAGUUGUCAUCGUGCAGGGCUUGGGGCUAGUAGUCAGGUCCUCGAUGGAAUUGAGAUUGAGUCGACAUCGAAACGACGUCGAGCGGAUAUCGAAAAGAAAGAAAGAUCGACGUGCUGAAGAUUUGGAUCUUACGAGGGGACCAUUUUAGAUAUUUACAUCAAGGACUUCGCCGGGACUUAAGUGAUUUAAAAUGGAUCAGGACGACAUCGACGACGGAUUAGCCCCUCACGAGAUGGUAAACGGCCUGGGGGACGAUCUCAGUUCGAUGUCAAUUAAUGGGCUGAACGUCGAAAACGUAGGCAAAGAAGAAACUGGGAUGGAUGGCGACAUCGGUAACGGGAUUGAAGUUCACAAAACAGAGCAUGAAUCAGCGAAACGACCAGCCGAUCUUCCACUGAAAAGUACUACAUCGUCCACCUCGUCGUUUGAUACGACGCCCACGUUGAUGUCAACAACCCCUGGUCGUUUCGUCUCCCUCUGGUUAUCUGGUGAAACCAAAGAUAAUGAGAAAACGCCAGUCGUGUCGUCACCGAGUUCGUCUUUGCCAGUUCGACCACUGCACCAUUCACAAGAUCGUUCACCUUCGAAAAAGAAAGACGCGGUCGUCCUACUCAAUCACCUCGACGGGUCAGAGUUCACUGACACCCUCCACUCUCAGGCAGUUCAGGAAACUUCUAAACGAUCUGGAAGCGCUAAUAAUGACUCGGUGACGUCACCAACACGUCAGAAGCCAUCUAUGAGGUCACAAGAUGAGAAGAUACGAUUGGCCAGGGAGUUCAUCGAUCAAUAUUAUGCGCAUGCUCAGAGAUCUGGUACAGUAUCGCAUGAGCGUCGUCUGUAUGAAGUUCAGAUGAGCCUCAAAGAGAGUGGUAACUAUCAUCUCACGGAAGCUGAACUCAUCUUCGGGGCCAAAUCAGCUUGGAGAAACCUUCCCCAGUCUCGAUGUCGAAUUUAUUGGAACAAGCUGCAGGUUUUUGAUGCAAGAAAGGUGACUAAUUCUCGCGACAUGUUCGAAAUGUUGUGCAAGCAUCUACUGUACGCGACAAACAAGGGGAACGUGAGGCCAGCAAUCACCGUGUUCCCGGCUCGUAAUGGCGACAAUCAGACGGAUUUUCGGAUUUGGAACUCGCAGCUAAUCGGAUACGCGGGGUACCGGCAACCCGAUGGAUCAGUACUCGGGGAUCCGAGCAAUCUGGUGUUUUCUGAGGUGUGCCGAACUCUUGGAUGGCGGAGUGAUCGAACUCGCUUCGAUGUUCUCCCACUGGUUCUCCAAGUCAACGGCGAAGAUCCCGAGGUCUUCGAGAUCCCGCCGGAGCUCAUUCACGAAGUCGAACUCGCGCACCCAGAACUUCGCUGGUUCAUGGACCUGAAGUUGAAGUGGUACUCGAUGCCUUCCUAUUCAAACUUCCUCCUUGAUGUGGGAGGCAUCCAGUUCCCGGCAUGCCCCAUCAACGAGUGGUACGUGGCAUCCGACAUCGCCAAUAAUGCGAUGUGUGCACCCAAGCGUUACAACAUGCUUACGAUGAUUGCUGAACGUUUGGGCCUGGAUAUAUCGUGUACAGACUCACUAUGGAGAGAUAGGACACUGGUUGAAAUGAACGUAGCAGUUCUUCAUAGUUUCCAGCAAUAUGGCGUGACCAUCAUGGAUCACCAUACGUCUUCGGCGGAGUUCAUGAAGUUUUUUGCCUCCGAGCACGAGAUCAGACAGGGUUGUCCCACUGAUUGGCGAGCCGUGGUCUCACCGUUGACUGCUAGCUUGACUUCCCUCUUUCACCAAGAAACGCUCAACUACCAGCUGAUGCCAACAUUCACCGUACAGGAUAACCCAUGGGAGGUACCGGAAUGGAAAUCGAAGUUAUCGUCGGGAAGACUCAGCACAGAUAGACUCCGUUCGCCGGGGGCAGAUCCGUCACGAUUUUCAUCACGCAUUUUACGUCGCGCCCUUUCUGGUACUUUCAAAGCCACCGUACUCUACGCUAGCGAGUUCGGCAAAUCGGAGUAUUACGCGAAGAAAGUUUACGAAACAUUCCGAAAGGCCUUCGACAUUCGUCUACUGCGCAUGGACGAAUAUGACGUCAUGAACCUGGAACAUGAGAAUCUCCUGUUGGUUGUAACCAGCACGCUUGGAAACGGGGAACCGCCUAGCAACGGACAGGAGUUCUGUCGUUAUCUGAUGGAAAUGUCGGAUAAUAGCAACAACAGGUCACCCGUUCCUCAGUCUCCGAUUUCUCCACGAUGUGAGAAGUUUUGUGACGCGAACCCUCUGGCCGAAGUGUCGAACGAUGGAGGGUUCAAUCUACGAAGAGCUGGUAUGCUGGGGAGCCUUAGCUAUGGAGUGUUUGGGUUAGGAUCCAGUAUCUACCCGUACUACUGUGCCUUUGCCCGUGGCGUAGACCAGAUGUUGGACUCGCUCGGGGGAGAUCGACUGGUCGGCAUGGGAUGGGGGGAUGAGAUGGGCGGACUGGAUGAGACCUUCGAUGCUUGGCUCACCAAAACAUUCAUGGCAGCGUGCGAGAAGUUCCACAUCGGAGACAGCGCCUCCGGGAUAACGCCCAACCCUACCAUGGCCGCCCCUGGCUCGGACUGGGCCGCAUCUAAGUUUAGGAUCUAUGCCGCAGGAAAGGACGUCAAGUCCACCUCUCCUGCACCUGAUCUGUGUGAUGCCCUGAGCCAGCUCCACGGGCGUAAGGUCUACCCUUGUAACAUCAUCUCGAGGAAGAGUCUUCUACCUCCAGAAUCCAGUCGUUCCACUAUUUUGGUUCGCCUCAAUACGAACAAAGAAAGGGGCAUGGCGUACCAACCCGGUGAUCACGUGGCUUUCUUUCCGUCCAAUGAAAACGCUCUGGUAGCGCGCGUGCUCAAACGACUCGACUACCAAAAGUCCCCGGAUGCAAUAUUCAAGUUGGAAAAGCUGGAACCGCGGGAGACACAACUUGGUAUGUUAAAGGUUUGGACAACAGUUUCCCGCCUACCGACUUGCUCAUUGCGGACCGCACUAGAGCGCUAUCUGGACCUCACGACACCCCCGACCCCAGACUUCCUCCGUCUCCUAGCAACCAGGGCUACAGACCCGAGAGAUAAGGAGAAGCUCAGCAUCCUGGGAGCGGGAUGUGACGAGUACGAAGAAUGGAAGUGGGAGAACUGGCCCAACAUGGCGGAGGUGCUGGAAGGGUACCCCUCUCUCAAGGUUCCUGCAUCCCUGCUCCUAACCCAGCUCCCCCUCCUCCGACCAAGAUACUUCUCCAUCAGCUCCAGUCCCAAGCAGUACCCUAACGAGAUCCAUGCUACUGUGGCCGUGGUCUCAUAUCAUCCUAAUGGCGGUCGAGGCCCGGUCCACUACGGAGCAUGCUCAUCGUGGCUUUAUCGGGCGUGGAAGGAUGAAGUCAUACCAGCGUUUGUGAGCUCGGCCCCAUACUUUCACCUCCCCGCGGACACGUCUGUUCCAGUCAUCAUGGUAGGCCCUGGAUCCGGACUCGCUCCCUUCCGUUCGUUCUGGCAGGACAGACAAACGGACCUCCGUCAGCUGGCUUCGUUCAACAGCGAGCUUGCCAGCAGCAGAAAGACCAAAGAGACAGACACGAGGGGCCGGCGUGGCGAAGGGGACGGUUCGGACACCUUCGGGGACAUGACUCUGGUAUACGGGUGCAGGAACGCCAAGGAAGAUCUCUACAAAGGAGAGACGUCAGUGGCCAAGGAUGAGGGAGCCCUGACGGCUGUACUGACAGGGUAUUCGAGGGAGCCUGGUAAACCCCGGAAAUACGUUCAAGACAUAUUAAAGGACCAUCCAUGGUUAGUUUAUAACGUCCUAUAUCGACGUCAAGGUCACAUCUACGUCAGUGGUGACGUCAACAUGGUGAGAGAGGUCAGCAACACCAUCGAGGGCAUCAUUGCUCAGUUUGGUCGCGUGGGGGCAGCAGAGGCAAAGGAUUUCGUCCGGAGAAUAAAGGAUGAGGAUCACUAUCAUGAGGAAAUGUACGGUCUGACCUUGCAUGUGAGUGAGGUCAUGGAGAAAAUACGUGCGGGCAAGAAAGGAACGCAAGUACUGGUGAUGAACGAAGACAGGCCGAAACUGCAGCCUGUCAUCGGGAGAAAAGGAGCUGCACUCGCAAAGCAACAAGAGGCUCUUCGAAAGGGAACUCCCGCGUCACCCACGUUGCCCCGACUGCGCAGGCGCGUGACAGCCACCAUUCUCAUGCGGUAUAACAGCCUGAUGGGAAUGGACAAGAAGACAAAAGAGAAAGAAAAACCCCUGGCAGGAGUCAGACUAAGAAAACCAACAGAUGACAUCGCAGCCAGAACGAGACGCUACGAAGACGGGCGGCGGUACAGUACGGGAAGCUCAAGCCGUGUCCCCAAAGUCUGACUAUUCUGAAAAAGAAUUUUCAACACUGUGUAAUGCUCACGAAUAUGAUUUAAUAAUGUGUAAUAAUGUCAUAAUAGCGUAUUGUAAUGUUGCAAGUUUUCUAUUUUCAUUAAUAAUGGUUGAGUUUUAUGCAACAUUGUUUUUCACUUUAAAAGCUAAAGGCUCCUUAUUUUUUUUACCAGUGAUAUUCAAAAUGAAACGGGGAGGGGUUAUUGAACAUUUCAGUCGGGUUCUCUAAACUUCCUAAUCUCAUAUUUUCUGUAUCAAAAUCUAAAAUGUGGAUUGAUAUUUUGCUGGCAAGGACAUAAUUAUAAUGGAUUCUAUCCAAAUGCAAUACAAUGGGUUUUUUUUAAUUUUAUAUUUUGUUAAUAGUUUGUUUCGUAUAACCGAGAGUUAAUAAAUUGACCACCCCCCUUGGUUUACCGAUGUCUUGCUACGCCCCUGACAGCACAUUGUCGUUGAUUCUCUCUCUAUAAAGACAGCCUCAUGGUAUAUAAGAGCCUAAAGAUUCUAAAACAGGUAAGACUUUAUCCAGUGACGUAGAUUGAGUCCACCCAUAGAUGGGCGCUAGAACGAUGGGGAGGGGGGGGAGGGGCACCGAUCUUUUUCGGAAAAUGGAAUAGACAAGGCUGCUUAUUAUUGGGGUUCCGGAGGUAGUGCAUGCAUCUCCUUUUCUCGUCAUCUUCCCUGCCUCCCUAUCCAUUUCUCUCUUAUCUUUCCUUUUCUUUUCUGUUUAUGCAUCACGAUUAAUGUAUGGGGGGGGGGGGAGCAUGUCCCUUUGUAGCUACUCCACCGACUUUAUCAAAUGACAUGAAACUUAUUAUCAAUACUAAAAAGCGGUACUAUUGAAGUAUGAUAUAAUCUUCGGCAAUCAGUGUGUUUAAUCAUAAUGUAGAAACUAACCACAUUACUCUCAUACAUUUGGUUCAUAUUCUAUUAAAAGUUUAGAAUUUUUCAGUUGUAUAAUAACAUAUUCAAACUGGCUCUCCCUGUUACUUCGAAAUAACGCCUAGUACUGAUUGAUGUUGUCAGAUAUUAAAUCAUCAAAAUAGUACAAAUAAAGAUUAAUAACAAUUUUUUUUAAUUGGGCAUAGCUGUCAAAGAAAGUUGAACAAUCAGCUAUAAUGAUCUACAUGAAGGUCAAAGUUCCUGGCAAGAGCGCUUGUGAGUAGUUUUUUAAAUUAUCCGAUGAAAAAUGAAGCACGCUUGAUUCGCUAUCAAUUAUGAUUUUGAUGACAUACAUGUGUCACCGCUGAAAUGAACAAUGACUUUCACAACCCAUAUUGAAAAAUCUCCACUUUUAUUCUUCCUAUUCUUCUUCUUCUGUUUCUUCUCCUUUUUUCUUCUCU